UAGCCCGUGUGGUGGCUCGACACCCCCCUGUCACCAGCUGAUUGAGAACACAAAGACAUCAACACACACCGCCCUCGCGCCGCUGACUGUGCGUGAUGACGACCCCGCGAGGGCCCCGGCGUGGCGCGUAACGUAACAUUCCAUUGAGAAGAAGAGAGGAGGAGGAGGGGGGGAAAGAUGGCGUCCUCUAACAAUCCUCGCAAAUUUAGCGAAAAAAUCGCCCUGCAUAACCAGAAACAGGCGGAGGAAACCGCCGCGUUUGAAGAAGUGAUGAAAGACCUGAACAUCACCCGAGCUGCUCGGUUGCAGUUACAGAAGACCCAGUAUUUGCAACUAGGGCAGAAUCGUGGACAAUACUAUGGAGGCUCACUGCCCAAUGUCAAUCAGAUUGGAAAUGGCAACAUUGACCUGCCUUUUCAGAACUCCGUGCUGGACACCAGUCGAACAACCAGGCACCACGGACUGGUGGAGCGUGUUUACCGGGACCGGAGCCGCAUCACCUCUCCUCACCGCCGGCCGCCGGCCGUCGACAAGCAAGGGCGCCAGAUCGACAGUUGUCCUUACAGCUCAGUUUACCUCUCCCCACCGCCAGACACUAGCUGGAGAAGAACAAAUUCAGACUCGGCCUUACACCAGAGCGCCAUGAAUCCAAAGCCCCAGGAGGUUUUUGCCGGGGGAUCCCAAGAGCUGCAGCCCAAACGAGUGUCUGGGGCGGAGACCUCCGAGUCAAACGCCGAUGAGGAAUUGCAGAAACAGUUGUGGGAUGACAAGAAGGAUGAGUCAUCGCAGCCCAACACGUGUGAUGUCCCGGGAAUCAAUAUAUUCCCGUCACCUGACCAGGAGUUGAACCCGUCCAUGCUCCCAGCGGCACACAACACCGGCGGUUCGCUGCCUGACCUCACCAACAUCCAGUUCCCUCCACCGCUGUCCACCCCCCUGGACCCCGAAGACGCCGUGGCCUUCUCGCUCAGCUCGUCCAACAGCACGGGCAGCCUGACCACAAACCUCACCCACCUGGGCAUCAGCGCUGCCAGCCAUGGGAUCGUCACAUCCUCUCAGCCCACCAUGACUGUAACAACCCAACGCCGGCAGCCCCCCGUGGUGCCGCUCACACUCACCUCUGACCUUCACCUCCAACAGUCCCCACAGCAGCUUUCGCCCACCCUCUCCUCGCCUGUUAAUAUCACGCAGGCCAUGCCAACGGAGUUGUUGACCCUGGAACAGCAGCUCUCGCAGUACCCCCUCUUCAACCAGCUAACUGCUCAGGCCCGGGCUCAGCUCCUCAGUGACCUCCAGAAGCAGCAGCAGGCCCUGCCGCAGGGCAUCCAGCUCAUCACCUUGCCACCUCUGGCCUCACCUGGUACCACUACCAGCAGCCCCUCACCAGACAGCAUGAGCCAAACCACUGCCAGCAUCAGCAUCGGCUCGUACCGCAAUCAGACUGGCUCACCAGCCACUCAGUCUCCAACCUCCCCAGUCUCCAAUCAAGGCUUCUCCCCCGGCGGCUCCCCUCAACACAUUCCCGUGGUGGGCAGCAUAUUUGGCGACUCCUUCUACGAUCAGCAGAUGGCGUUGAGGCAGACCAAUGCCCUCUCUCACCAGCUGGAGCAGUUCAACAUGAUCGAAAACCCCAUCACCUCCAACAUCCUUUACAACCAGUGCUCCACCCUCAACUACACACAGGCCGCCAUGAUGGGCCUCACUGGGAGCAGCCUACAGGACUCGCAGCAACUCGGCUACAGUAGCCAUGGCAACAUCCCCAACAUUAUUCUAACAGUCACAGGGGAGUCUCCGCCGAGCCUCUCCAAGGAGCUCACCAACUCCCUGGCGGGCGUCGGCGACGUCAGCUUCGACGCGGACUCUCAGUUCCCUCUGGACGAGCUGAAGAUCGACCCGCUCACCCUGGACGGACUGCACAUGCUCAAUGACCCCGACAUGGUUCUUGCCGACCCUGCCACAGAGGACACGUUCAGGAUGGACCGGCUGUAGCGCAAGGAGACGAUGAAAAGAGCGGGGGGGAAAAAAACACACACACACAUACACACACACACACACACACACCUAGCUUGUGAAAGGAGAGAAACGAAGGGCCGGAUGAUCCCUCUCCCUUGUUGCAUGGCCGUCCAGCUGUCUGACCUCGCCCUCGACUCCGUGAAAGCCCUUUUGAAAAGAUGCGCCUUCAAAAGACAACCGGCAGCGGCUUCCCAGGGAAAUGGCCUCGCUGUGGUUUUGAAUGAGAUUCGGCGCUUUCGCUAGCCUGUUGUGUUUACAGUGCGCCAUUACACACAUAUGUUCCAAAAAAGAGUCUCUCACUUGACGAUUGUUUUUUCUUCUCAUAUCCACUUUUAAUAUUUGUUUGGUUGAUAUUUGCUCGUAGCAGGAAGAUGUUGGGACGUUGGGCUAAACUGUACCCGUUUUUACCGGGUUAGGGUGACAAAAGAAAAAAAGCAACCACAGCUGGCUUUUUACUGUGCAAUCAGAUGCCGUCACAGCUUUCUUUCCCCCACUUAAAGCUUUAUUUUUGACAACCAAAUGUUAUUUUAAUUGUGUUCUGUAUGUUUUAAUGCAUUACGUUUACAUGUUUAUUUAUUGAGUUAUAGAUUUUUAUAUUCCUUUUCAGAAUUUAAAUUUAAUGCCAAAAUGCUCUCUGUGGGCAUAGUGUAAACUUACACUGAUGUAAUGUGUCUAUUUAUGAAUUACCAACAUAUUUAUAUGUUGGUAAUUGUGUUUGUUAAGCUACUUGGUAAACGAAGGAGUGCAAAACCUCCCCACAGUUGCUCUUCUGUGUUUGACGUGCCAUUCUCUGAUGUGAUAUGCUGCUGCCCAAUGGUCAAAUUGAAAUAUCAUAGUUAUUAGCACAGCGCCAGGAGAUGCUGCGUGCUCCACUGAUGGGUUGGAUUUUACGCCACUUGAAUUAACUUUUUCUGAGAAAAUCAUCAGGUAUUUCUAUUAAACUAGAAAGAAAAAAGUCUAAAUUAAUAUUCUGAAAGUUAAAAGUGCAUAAAUAAGUGUGUGUGUGUGUGUCGUUUAGAAUGUCGACUAAACUUCUUUUUCAGUGAAGGAGCUUAAAAUGUUAAAUAUUUUUAAGUCGUCACUGUGAAAUCACCUGAUUUUGCCUUACAUGAGUAUUUUCAUGGUCUACUUAAGUGUCUAAUGUGACUACGUUUUUGCGUAAUUUACUGUAACGUUUUCUUGUGUUUUGAGAAGAACUCGACUUUGCGUCGGUGGUAUUUGUGGUCACGUUGUGUACGUUUUGACGAAUCAAUGUACUGUAUUAUGUAUCGGUACAGUUUAUAGCCAAAUUGUUUGUUUUUCAACAAAGUGGGGCAAAAAACUAAAAGAGAAGAAAAAAAAUAUCAAAGAAUGGGUUCAAAGUGAUCGAGAAGGAGUGCAAUUUUGGGGAGGCUUUUUGCUCCUUGACAGGGAAGAUCUAACAAAAAACACUAACGGCCUUUGUCACAGAGGGGUUUUAAUGUUAUUGAAGCCUCCGAAUGGUUGUUUUCAUGCAAACUGUUUCAGAGAUUAUGAAUAGCAGGGUGUUUAAAAAAAUAAUUAUUUAGUGAACUUCAAAUUAAAAUGUCUCACCAACGAUACACGGUAGUCUAGUAUUGUUUACCAUGAAAUGUUUACACAAAUUUCAUCUGAAAGUGUACAUAUUGAUAUCAUUAUUUCUGACCACACCCUUUGCUUAAAUGUGUUGAACAACUUGUGUGAAACUUCAACCUGCCUUGGCCUUUUGUCAGAGCUUCCCUGAGGGGUGUGUGUGUGUGUGUGUGUGUGUGUGUGUGUGUGUGUGUGUGUGUGUGUGUGUGUGUGUGUGUGUGUGUGUGUGUGUGUGUGUGUGUGUGUGUGUGUGUGUGUGUGUGUGUGUGUGUGUGAUCCUGUUCUGUAUGUCGUAAUGUUUGUGUGCAGAUGAUCAUUUACUCAAACCCCUUCUCUCCCGAAAAGCAAUCGCGCUUGUUAUUUUUCUCGGUACGACUCUACAGUUGAACCAUUUUCGAAGGGUUUAAUGCCCGCUGUAAUUCUGCAUCGAAGGUUCUGCCUGCGACAGAUAUGUGAUUCCUAUGCAAAUGAGGUCUAUAGAAAACAAAAUUCCUCCUCUGAUAUUUUAUGUUUUUUUUCCAACGUUCCAAGAGUUGAGCUGGAUUUAUUCUUCUUAAAUGGUUUAUGGAGACCUAUGUUUUAUUUUGUAUAACGUAUUAUGGUCAUGAUACUCGUCCUUGAGAAAUGAUGAAGGCUCAGUGCAUCACCCGUUUUCAGACGGUGUGCACAUUUGUGAUUUAAGAUGAAGUGAGUCAGAAAGUGAAAGAGCCAUGUGAACGGCAUGCGUUUGGUUAUGUUGAGCUUUGCAGUGGUGCUACGACAAUCAACGAGUACAAUCGUACGCUUACCUAUAACGUGUUUCUAUCGCAGAGUAACAAGAAACAUGAAUCCAGCUCUACGUGGAACCUCUUUCUUUACUGUGUGCGGCUCAUUGUUCAGUUGAUCAUUUUCCUACAUUGUCUCGGACUUCCUGAGACAACCUUUAUCCUAUAAGGAACUGAUGCAAAACCUCGACCCACUUGUGACGGUUUUGAUCAAUGAAAAAGUUUUCUGCAGAAAUGUGGACGUAACGUGGCCUGUCACCCAAAACCACAAAAAAGCUCUGAAAGGUGCACGACAACUUUCAGAAGCUGUUUUUAUUUGUUUUUAUUCUCUGACCACAUGUGUGUUGGAGCAUCUGCGCACUGACCUUGUACAUAUACGCUACAGCUGAAACCGAAUGCAUGACUCCUCUCUAAAAGAAGGCCUUCUAUAGCAGUUUGGAUUUGUGUUACGUAAUGCUGUCACAUGGUGUAAAGGGAUGGAUUAACUCCUGUUAACUGACUCUAUGACCUUCUGUAUGAUGAGAGAAUGUAUUUUCCAGUGGCCGUGUCCCGGUUUGAGCCCGUUUUGAUUCUUUCUUUUUGGUCUCUUCAGCCCCCCUCCUGCCCCUCUCUCUAUCCUCCAGUCUCUCUCUCUCUCUUUUUCCUGCUGUAGCAUCUCCCCUGUUCGAAGUGAAUGGAGUCUAUGGAACCCUUUGGGCUUUCUAGAGAAAAUGGCGGCAGGUUUUGCGUGGCAGGGAAUGCGGCUUGGUAUGCACGCAGAUCCUCUGCGUACUUGGACUUGAAGCUUGCGCAUUCCGCCGGGCAACUGCAUGACACCAAAGUCCCGUGGAGCUGGUUGUUAUCCCCUGUAAUGUGCAGAGGUUUGUUUAAACACCUUCUCUACUUUCCUUUGUGUACUAGAAUUUGGCCUGUUUUUGUUUUUUUAUCUGUAAAGAUCAAGGGGGGGGGGGGAUGCAAAGCUAGAAAGGGCUUUCUCCAGUGCAGCUUGCGUUCUCGUGUUGUAAAAGGAACGGUACUCCGAAUGUAUCUUUGUUGGUCAUAUCUUCCCCCACGUGAAGAAUUGACGAUAGAUAGAAGGUGGUUGUCGCCUCAAUGAUACUCCAGAGAAGCAGUCUGUAUCGUGACAUUAACUUUGCAUUCUGCUUCCAGAACAACGUACACUGCUGCCACUCACUCUCACUUUGGCAAAUGAGUGUUUUACACAUGAAGAAUGUUAUUGCAUUUAAACUACAGUAUGCCAACUCAUUUCCAGCUCUAUGAAACACCUACCUGCAAAGAAACGGUGCAUUAAGCGGAUAAGAGUUACUGGACACAUUUUACUUUUGAUGGGCUUGAUUUGAAAGCUCUCACUGGUCUGGAUUUCUGGUGUUUGUAUCAAACAAAUAGUUUGAGGAAGGUUUUCAUUUGUCACAGGUUUGGUAAUUAAUUGGCUUAAUAUUAUAGUUCCCAUCAGGCAGCUAAUACACCUUUGAGAGAUCUUCUUUACUUGGCUCUUGGUAGACAAUAUACUUGCUAAACUUUUAAGGCUAACCAGCAAAAGCUGGAAGUUCAUUUUCCAAACCGAUGAAGAGAACAAAUGCGCUCAAAGUGCAUUUUCUAAACUUGACUCAUCUGCCUUGUUUGGACACGGUUGACUUGCAUCACUGACAAAGAAAGCAAUAAAAAAGUGUUCCAAACCUGAAGAGGCAGAUGAGUGAUGCUCAGACAGCGGCCCUGUAUUUUGUCUCCGUGUGGUGGUGAGCACAAGGAGGAGGAAGUCUGUGCUGCUCCCUCCGGGUUCCCCCCACAGACCAGACAAACAUGCUCUGGGGGGGGACUCUAAAUUGCUCGUAGGUGUGUGGACGUGAGAGUGAAUGACUGGCCAUCUCCACGUUAGCCCUGUGAUCGGCUUGAGAGCAGGACAGGGAACCCUGUCUCUCCCCCGUUGUUGGCGACCCUCUAAGGGAUCGGGAUCGGGGCGAGAUCCUCCGUCCCAGGAUAAUACCAAAAGUCUUGCUGCUUGGUCUCAGAGGCUUUUAGGUUCUCAUUAAAUUGUCCCUUUAACAACACAGGUUUUCCAAAUAACUACCAUUGUUCUAGGGGGAAAAAAACAGUUUAAGUUGCACUUAAAGCUUAUAGUGAGAAUAGCAUAAUAUCACUGUUGUCCUGUAAGUUGUUGUAAAAUAUCUGUAGUUAUUUAUUUGUUGCCAUGUGAUUCUCCUUAUGUGACAUGUGUUUGUUUAUAACAUGAAAGAAAAAUGUCAAUUAAAUUGAAUGUGGAAGACAGAUUCUUCUCUUCACACGGUCUUGAUUUGCAGAAUAUGCUCAUUAAAUUAAUUUGUCUGAUGUCAUUUUACAACAUGAUGGUUGCUGUGGAUAUGCUCGGGCUUUUGAUACUGUUGUAUAGUGUCUUUAUUGUUGUUUCUAUUCUGUAAUCUGUAUUUAGAACAGAUUAUUUCGAAUAUAUGCAUAUAUGCAUGCUUGUUCAGAAUGUUGAUUUCCACUAAAAGCUGUUUGAAAAACA